CUCUACGUUGCAAUCAUGAACGCAAAGUUUGUCCUCAUCGCUUGCCUGGCAUCCGUCGCCGCUGCCCGCCCAGACACGCCCCGCGACGGCUACAGCUACGAGGCCCCUGCGCCGAAGUACUCUGCUCCUCAUGCAAAGUACGAGAAAGGAAUGCCGUUUGACUUUGCGUACGGAGUAGUAGACCACUACAGCGGCAACGACUACUCCCACAACUCUAACUCAGACGGCAACGUCGUCAAGGGCGAAUACCGCGUCGUUCUUCCCGACGGCCGCACUCAGAUCGUUUCCUACACAGCCGAUCACGAGACUGGCUAUGUGGCUGAGGUCAGCUACGAGGGCGAGGCUCAGUACCCCGAAACCAAGCCCUACCAGCCAGCCUCUGCUUACUCCGCCCCUGCUCCUGCAUACAAAGCCCCUGCUCCCGCUUACUCCGCCCCCGCCCCUGCAUACGAGGCCCCUGCUCCUUCAUAUGAAGCCCCAGACCAGACUUAUGGUACCCCUGCUCAAUCCUAUGGAACUCCGUCUCAUUAACUCUUGAGCUGAAACUGAAAGAAGUAUAUCACAGCAUAAUUAUUUAUUUUAUUUGUAAGACGAAUAAACCUUGAAGCAACAGCAUAUGUUUUAUACCACUUACUACUUUAAUAGAUUCAUACAUAAAUCCAUACA